AUUUACAAAGAAAUGCAACAGGAUUUAUAUGCAAUAUUUAAUCAUAUAACCUUAAUAUGGAUGAAAGAAUCCUGAAAUCAAUAUUACACAGUUGUGAAAGUGCUACAAAAGAUCUUGAAAAUUCGAAGGAAUAUAAAAUAUUAUUAGAAAAGAAUAAGUUCCUUCCAUCUAUUGACAUAAUCGAUGCCCUAUGUUCAUCUUUAACAAAACUAUUGUCGUAUAAGGUUUCAAAAGAAGCAUAUCAACGUUAUAAUGUACGACUUCGUGUAAUUGAUGUUUUACGAGAAUGGUGUAGAAUUAAUGAUGAUUUACAAGAUUUUAAAAUACUUAGGGAUGAAAAACACGCCUCAACAUUAUUAAAAAAUUUGUUAAAGAAAUAUUUGACGGAUGAUAUCUUAAAUAGUUGUGAAUCAAAUGAAAAUUUGUUACCUUUAACCAAUGCUUUAAUAUGUUUAACAUCUAUAAGUUCGUGCUAUAAAUAUUAUGUAGAAAAAUUAUUAGUAAAACUUACAGAAUUGGAAAACUGUGAUGAAAAUGAAUACUUAUUAUGUUAUGCUGUACAGAAAAGUUCCAACUUAAAUCUUGCAAUUUCAACUAUAGAAAUUAUAUAUAAAUCACAGAAAUAUAAAUUAAUAGAACAACCAUUAUUAUACGAUUUUAUGUCAUCAUGUAUUAAAUUAAAUAAAGAUGACAAUGUAGACGUUUCAGAGAAUGUAAAAUUAAUAAAUCAAUUAUUCGAUUUUAUCAUUAAAUCUCCAUAUAUCUUUUUGUUAGUAUGUGGUUUUUUAAAAGAAUUAUUAGUGCAAUUAGAUUAUGCUCCUUCGGUCAUGAAUUUUAUACAAUCAACUUUAAAACGCAUUAAGGAAUAUUGUAAAAGUCAAGAUAAAGAUAUUUUAGAUCUUUAUCCAAGGAAUUUACAAUCUCUUAUAAUCUUAUUGCGAAUAGAAUCUAUACAUCAUACGGAUGAAUCUAAAAAUGCAACUUUAAAAAUGCUAGAAAAUAUUUAUAUUGAAAAUGAAGAUAUUGUAAUAACAUUAUUAUCACAUUAUCCUCAAUGGCUAAAAUUAUUUGGACAAUUCUUAAAUUCAGAUAUUAAAUAAUAUAUGUAUGUUCUUUAAAAUU